AUGAUGGCGACGGGGGGGGGCUCCUUCUUCGACGGAAUCGCCGAGUUUUUCGAAGACCUCCAGAAGGGGAUGGCCAUGCCCCCGUCGGCGGCGUCCGUCGCCAAGGCCAAGAAGGAAAAGGAGGAGCAGGAGGAGAUGGCGUUCGAAGGUGUGUGGGUGAUGAUGAACGGCCUUUCUGGAAAGAUGGGUCUCGACGUGGCAGCGGCGUGUCUACGGAAGGGCUUUCGGAUAGCCCCGUACGCCAUGUCAGGGUCGGGUUCGGGCGAGGUCAGCGUCGCCGAUCCUAAGGGCGGGGACCCCACCACGGUGACUCUUGUGCCCAGCGAUGACGCGGAGGGAUGCGAUAAGGCGGUGGCGGAGUUGAAGAGGCGCUGCUCUGGGGGCUCCGUGGUGGUGGUUGACUACACCACCCCCUCCGCGGUGAACGCCAACGCGGAGUUCUACGCCAAGCACGGCCUUAACUUCGUCAUGGGGACCACUGGCGGCGACAGGGAUGCUCUCAUGUCCGUGACGGAGGGGAGCGGGGUGUACGCCGUCAUUGCGCCUAACAUGGGAAAGCAGAUCGUCGCUCUACAGAGCGCGAUCGACAACAUGGCGAGAGAGUUCCCCGGCUCCUUCGGCGACUACAAGCUAGAGAUAACGGAGUCCCACCAGUCCGCCAAGGUAGACACAAGCGGCACGGCGAAGGCACUGGCGGCUGACUUUGCCAAGCUAACGGCAGAAGACUACGACGUCAAAUCCAUCAACAAGGUUCGCGACACUGAGGGCCAGCUGGCGUUUGGGGUGCCGGAGGAGCACCUGGCUGGACACGCUUUCCACACGUACAGCCUCAAGAGCAACGAUGGAACGGUCGAGUUUCAGUUCCGACACAACGUGUGCGGCCGGCUGAUGUACGCGGAAGGCACGGCGGACGCGGUGGAAUUCUUAGCGGGGAAGGCGGGGUCCGGGGCCGACAAGCGCGUGUACAACAUGCUCGACGUGCUUCGGGAAGGGGGCAUGUAAUGCCGUGCCAUGUCAUGUCAUGUGUCGUGUGAUGACGUUGGCAAGGAAAAAAACAGCGGAUCUAUGUAGUUCUUCUUGCGGUACAUACGAUGCAUGGUCAUUGUCCUGUCUUGUGAUGACAUUGGCGAGGCAAAACAUCAGGGCUAGUUCUUUUCUUAGAUACCAUGCAUGGUCACGUCCUGUCGUGUGAUGACGUUGGCAAUGCAAGACGAGACAAUAGUUAUUACGGAAGAUACCCGGCCCUUGUGGACGACUUCCUACCUUCUUCCCUAUUUGGGUUGGGUGGGUGGGGGGGGGGGGUAUGUAGUAUUGAUCCUGCGGGGCCUUGUAACUGACGCCACCAGGAAAAGGUACCGCGUCCCCCUUUUCCCAACGAACUCGAGCAUGUCGGUCGCUCUUCGCCUUCAUGACAACAAGCGGGAUGCCGGGGGCUCCGCGGUCGGCACUUGGGGUAUAGGGGGGUACUCUUGCGUGACCCCAAUCUCGGUGCCCCGUUCCUUGAAUUGUUCUUUUUGUGACCCUUUGUUCCCUCCACCCCCCUCCUACUUUUUGAUCGGCGUUGUAAGUUUGUUUAGCGAAUAUCGAUAGAGGUGCCGUCGUGUUUUGGGGGUGGCUGUUCUUUCCUUGGCUGCUUGUUGAGGUGAUGGGACGCGUUUGUUUCCCCAUCCAUGGCGUGAACUUUUUGACCGCUCCUUCCUGUAGAAAGCGGGGAGGAGCUACAGGCGUGGUGGGUUUUGUCCGUAGCUUGCAGGCUGUUCGUCGAGGAGACUUUGAUCAUACACACACACGCCCUUCGGGACGACGAGCCGCGCAUAUGCGUAUGUACCCCUAAGAGCACCCGCGAGAUCUGUUGUGAGCAGCAUGUAGAGAAUGGUGCCGCCUGCAGAGAUUGCAAUUUCUGCCGGGGUCUUGCCGUUGGUUCUCUCUUGCGAACCUGGCAUGUAUCGCGCCGUUUCCUCCUUGGCGCAACUCGGGAGACUGGGACGACGGCCUCUUGUCGUCAUCAUGGAGCACGCUUUUUAUGCCCCUGUGGUUGGUGUCGAAAGUGGUAUGGUUGGCGGUCAACGACACCUAACCUUUUCGUGAUUUUUGGUUGUCUUCGAAGCGAAGGAAAAUUGUUAGAACCUGGGGGUUUCGGGGUUGAUGGCAUGAUGCGCGCUUAGAAACGAUCUCUACGGGUGCUGUCGACGGUCAAUGCUGUGCGGGAGGGCGGCGUAGACUAGAUCCACGCGACUAUCCGCUGCAUUUGCGUUCCUCCGCGCUGACUGCUUUUGACAUCCGCAAGAGGUUUGUCUCCAGAAAUAGAGUUAGGCUAGCUUUUCGCGAGGAUGGCACUUUUGAAUUCAGGGAGGGUUAAAAGUGAGCACUUUUAAGUGGGGGGAGGCAGGAAAGGACAAGACGCGUUUUGUUCGAAAAGAAGCAAGGAAUAGUCUAUUAAUUAUUUAGUCAUCAUGAUGACACCAAAAGACGAGCAAGAUAUAUCUAAAGUGGGGCCGGGGACACAACAAUUCUCCGCAGCAACGGCUUUACAGGUUGUGGUAUGCAGAGGAGAAUCUUGUUGACGCCUCUGGAGGAUCAACCCCUCUGGAACUAGUAAUGAUUGUUUGGGUCUUUUAGAUGCACCUGCUACACCGCCGCCAUGCAUAGACCUUUGCGAAGAGAAAUUACUUUUUCUGUGCCGAUGAGUGGGUUGGGGGGGGGGGGGGGACCUGUUGUAUGUGCCACUUCUUUUUU